AUGGGGGGAAAGGACUUUGAUCACGCCGUGGAGGCUGGGGAUUACCACUCGGGCGACACAAUGAAGAGAGAAGAUAGAGGCCCUUGCAGCGAGGUAAAACGCGAAGAAGGCAGCUCUUCGGUCAAAGUCGAGGACACGGAGUCGGACCUAGACUCUGAAGGGACUUUCAAGGUCGAGAACCAUGAAGACACGAUCAAAGCCGAAGAACCUGAAAAGAGAAUCAAGUUUUAUGAGAUCGAAGACAAAGUCAAGGAUACACCCGAAGUCGUCAUCAAAAAGGAAACGAUGGCCACCGAAGAAGUCGUCCAAAGCCGCCUCACCCACAUCCACCACCACUCGCACCCCGUCGACCUCGACACCGCAACCCUCGACACCACCGCGACGCGCGAAUUCCUCUCCCGAACAUUCGGCGGCGACGCGUUCUCGACCUUCCCGCGCAUCGCGCCCGCCUGGCUCGCGAAGCACGGCAUGAACGACUUCGCGUACCCGAACCUGACGCAUAACCCGCACGCGCCGUGGCGCCCCGGCGCGCCCGGCCUCUUUUUCGCGCUCACGCGCAUAUCCGAGCGCGAGCGGACGCUGAGGAUCAUCGUGGGGCUGCGCCCGAAGGCGUGGCAGUACAUUGGGCAGUACGUCCUUGUGCUCGUGCCGCAGUUGAGCAAGGAGGAGUGGCUGGCGCAGUCGGAAGGGUUCAAACAAACGUGGAUCAACUAUGCUUUCCAUCACGACCGCGCUAAAGAGGUCCGCGUCCGGAUUCACUACCAGAAGCAGGAGCACAGGGAGCCGUUGGAAGAUGAGCUUGCCCAAGCCAUCGGCUCGCGGAAUAAAUACCAAGCGACGAGAGAAGAGAUACGUAGAAGCUACGACGUUGGUGAACAACGCAUCUAUGUCUGGUGUAUGAAAUGCGUCGACUACGACGUCAACUUCCAGAUGCAAAUAGCCGAGAAACUGCGACAAGGACAGCCCCAGCGUGGCCAGGCGUCGCCUCGGCGUUCAAAGCGAAAACGCACUUGACAUACAUAGAGCAUGCUUCCAAGCCCACAACAAUUAUAUUUAGC